AUGUCAGGUUUCCAGAGAGAAAAUGACGCUGCUAAAUCUCUCUUCAGGAGGCUCGAGUCUGCAGUUACUCCCAUCGUGUCCGGGGAGUACAGUCACCACCGGGACAGAGCGGCGAUGGCAUCCCGGGUCUCCUUCACCCAGGUCCGCCUGGAAGCGGAGCUGGAGCGCUACCGGGCCGAGUGCCAGUGGGACAAGAUGCCGGCGAUCAUCGAGCAGAUGCAGGCUGCGCGGAUCCACGAGGACGAUGAUUACGGGACACUGCUGUUGGCUGAGGCGAUGCUGGAGAUGUGCCUGAAGGAAAACAUGGACCUGUUACGGAGCUCCACACCUUUGAUGGACAAGACGCAGCCCAGAUUGUGCAAGGCCAAAGGCCACCUCAACACCGUCCUGAGCCGAGGCCGUCUCACACCCAGGUACUUGAACGAGGCUCUGCUGCUGAUGGCCAAGGUGCACUAUGUGCAGGGUCGCUACCGAGACGCCCAGGGAAUGUGUGCCAGGGUGGGACUGGAGGAGCUGACACAGGAUGAUCAGCCUACCUACCACCUGCGACUGCUGGCUGAGGCGUUUGUCAUUAAAGGUCUGUCUCUGGACCACCAAACAGUUUCUGCAGUGUCUCGGAUUCGUCUGUCAGAAAGGGAGGAGGAGAGUCUGUCCUGUUUCCUCAGGGCCUGCGACGCUGCUCUGUCCUUCCUGCAGGAGCUCGAUAAGGUAGUAACCACGCCUCACACCAAGACAGCCAAACCCAGUCUGCUUCCUCCACCUGCGGACAUCGACCUGGGCUACUUCCUGCAGGCUGCAUUGCAGAGUGCUUACAUUUGUCUGCUGCAGAGGGGUCAUCUUGCACAAGGUGCUCAUCAGCUGCGUAGGGUGCUCAGAGUGGUGGAGUCACGGGGGUCUCAGAGCUUCAGGAAGUCUGCAGCGAGGAAGCUAGCGGAGGUGCUGCUGAGCUCAGUGAGUGAAGACAGCUACUGGCCCUCUUUGGGCCCCCCACCCUCAGCCUGGCUCCACAGAGAGGGAGCCGCGGCCUCCAAAGACGCCAUCUACCCCACUGUUAAACCACCUCAACGUUACAGCACUGAGUGUUGCUUCUGUCCUCAGGACGUGGUGGAAGAGGCAGUGUUGCUGCUGCUCAUCACAGAGUCCAUGGCCAGUGGCGAAGCGGUGAUAAGCCGUCUGCCUGACCAGGCCGAGGCUCGCCAGGCCAGUCUGCAUGAUGCCACCUCAGUCUACGAUCUGCUCACCAUCGGCAUGGCCAGGAGGGGGCAGUACGCCAUGCUGUCUGAGUGUCUGGAGCGAGCCAUGAAGUUUUCAUUCAACGAGUUCCACCUAUGGCACCAGCUGGGCCUGUCACUCAUGGCGGCCAGGAAGGGGGUUGGUGCUGUGUCUGUAUUUAAAGAGUGUGCCAGGAUGAGACCAGAGGACCCUUCAUUGCCCCUGUUGGCUGCUAAAGUCUGCAUUGGUCAACUGCACUGGUUUGAGGAGGCAGAGGCUCUGUCCCAGAGUGUGGUGUCUAUGGGGGGGGAAGCUGGUGAAUUUCUGCCCAGGGCCUACCUGGCACUGGGACUCUGCUGCAGUCUAAAGGCCUCUGAUGCUACUCUCAAAGCAGAUCGGAAUGAAUUCAACAAAAAAGCACUACAAGCUCUGAGCAAGGCUCACUCAUUAGACCCCCAGGAUGCUCAGAUUGCUAUGUAUCUGGCUCUGCAGCUGGCACUUGUACGCCAGGUAUCAGCAGCCAUGGAGCCCCUGCAGGAGGCUUUAUCUCUGCAUGGGGACGACGUACACUCCCUCCACCUGCUGAUCUUACUGCUCAGUGCCCAGAAACACCACCGUCAUGCCCUGGACACCCUGGGCCUGGCCCUCAGCCAGCACCCCGACAACUUCAAUUUGCUGUUCACAAAGGUGAAGCUUGAAGAGGCCCUGUUUGGCCCGGCUGCAGCCCUACAGACCUGUGAAGAGAUGCUGCAACGCUGGCAAAGCCGCUACGAUGUCAGCCGCUCCAGUGAGACUGAUGACAGCAGCAGUAUACCGAUGGCCGAGAGGACAGAGGUCAGCCCCAGAGGAAGAAAACCCUCUAUCCACCUGACCCUGCCUGACUUCCAGGACACCUCCACUGGUUCAUUGAGCCCUUCAUCAGUUGCAGCGACUCGUCUGGAAGCGGCGCUCUCUGAGGUGUCAGACAUCAGCUCCACCCGUCGCCAUGGACCCACCUACAUCUGGACCACCCUGGAACGCAUUUGGCUACAGGCUGGGGAGUUGUUCAUGGCAGACGGUCGGUCAAAGGAGGCCCAGUUCUGCAUAGCCGAGGCCAGCUCGAUCUUCCCCAAUUCGCACUCGGUGCUGCUGCAGCGAGGCCGCCUGGCUGAGCUCCGGGGCCAACUGGACGAAGCCAAAGGCCUGUAUGACGAGGCCCUUGCCAUCCAUCCCACAGGAGAGCGCAUACUAGUGCACAUGGGCCGUUUGCUCGUGAAAAGCGGGCGCAUCCACCUUGGGGAGAAGGUCCUGCGUGAUGCAGUUCAGGUCCACAGCACCUCCCACGAGGCGUGGAGCGGUCUGGGCGAGGCUCUGCAGUCUCGGAGCUCCAGCCAGGCCCCUGACUGCUUCUCGACGGCACUUGAGCUAGAGGCUUCCUGCCCCAUCCGGCCCUUCACCAUCAUCCCCAGGGAGCUCUGAGGGGCCUGGGCUGCACAGGAGGUUUAGGUUAAAAAAAAAAAAAAAGUCAAAGUAAAAAAUUGAGUUGUGACUUUCAUUGUUACCCUCUAAUUUCCCCAAAAAUACGAUAUCUCUACAUUCCUAGGAUCACUUAUAAGCUAUAUCGGAUGAAAAAUGGCAAAAAUAUAUAAAUAUUCUCCAGUGUUGAAUGAUAACAUGACAACAGUUAAAGAAAGGUAACAGAGAGAUCCAGAUUUUUCGGAGGGGGUGGGGUGUAUAGAAAAAUAAUGUUAUAAUGUAAGUACUAUACCAAUUUACAUCUCCUAUGGAGUUAUUAACACAGAAGCAAUUUCUUUCUCAAUUAGUGACAAAUGAUGGUAUUUUUAAUAAUCAGAAUGAUUGCAUAUCACUUCAAUGGUUCAUAAAUUGCAAAGAUGUGCUGGUUACGUCUUGAGAUAGAAUGUAUGUGGUUGCGUUAUAUAUGGGAAGGCAGAUUAUGUAUGGGCUGCCAGUCACUGCAGCAGCUUCACUUCAUCUUUGAUUCGUCUUUGAGGAUCAUGCUGAUAGACAGAGCUGUACACACACACACACACACACACACACACACACACACACACACACACACACACACACACACACACAAGCAUUCCCACCCUCUCAACUUCAAAUGAGAGCUCAUAUAUUUUCUAGCAUGGCCAUUCACAUGUCAAUCCAUAUGUCAUUAUUAUGUAUGUGUGUGUUUUCAUACAGUGUGACUUUACAUUAUGUAUCUUAAUGCAUGUGUGUUUGUUUGAGACCAUCCCUCUGGGGUGUUAUCAGUCCCUGUUAUGUUUGUUCUGCUUGUACAGUACAAUA